CCACCCUCAAUAUAUAAACAAGCAAAAGACCCACCAACAAGAUGAAGGCAGGCCUCACAAUAAUCUCCCUCCUCGCAGCCAUCGCGGCAGCGCAGCAGGUCCAGCCCGCAGCCCCGGGCACCCUCGCCGCCCGCCAGGGAAACAGCGGCGGCCGCUCCAGCGGAGGCGGCGGCGUGCUGCCGGGCCUCAAGUCCAGCGGCGGCAGUGCCCCAUCCGAAGAAGGCGAGAGCGGCUCCCUGAACAGGCGUCAGGAUCAGGACGAGGGCGGCGUCAGCAGCGGCAGCGGGCCUGAUUUCUCACCACCUCUGCGCUCCAGCGGCGGCGGCGGCGGUUCCCCCCCGUCUGGCGACGGCGAGGGCGGCGCCCUGAACAGGCGCCAGGACCAGGACGGUGCAGGCACGGGAAGCGAGAGCGGGCCUGAUUUCUCACCACGCCUGAGCUCCGGCGGCGGCGGCGGCGGUUCACCCCCGUCUGGCGACGGCGAGGGUGGCGCCCUGAAUAGGCGUCAAGACCAGGAUGGUGCCGGCGUCGGAAGCGGGAGCGGGCCCGACACCUCAGGAGGGCUGCGCCAGGCCAGCGGCGGUGCCCCGUCGUCUGGUGACGGCGAGGGCGGCACCUUCUCCGGCCGCCGCGCCGUCGACGCCCGCCAGGCCCCCUCCUCUGGCAGCGGCAAUGGCGGCGGCGACUUCGACGGCGGCGCCGCUCCCCCCGCGAGGCAGGGCGGCGGCUCGGGCGAUGGGCCCCCCAGCAACUCCGGCGACAUCAAUGCGCGCCAGGCCGCAGAGAGCCCCGCAGCCGUCGCCCCAGCCAAGCCGGCGAAGAGCCCCGCCGCCGCCGCCGCAGCGAAGCAGAGCCCCGUCGCCGCAGGCGCAGCGAAGCAGAGCCCCGCCGCCGCCGCCGCCGCGAAGCCGGCCAAGGAGAGCGUCCUCGUCGCCGGCCGCCAGGCGAAGCCGACCCCCGACGCCCCCGCCGCCCCGGCGAGCCCGAAGCCGACCCCCAACGCCCCCUCCGCGGCGGCGCAGCCCAAGAAGAACACACCGCCCGAGCCCGAGGCCCCCAAGGACGACCCCCCCAAGAACACGCCCCCCGAGCUCGAGGCCCGCCAGCAGAAGAGCACCCUCGUGACCGUCGUGCGCCAGACCGUCACCGCCGCCGCCGCCGGGUCAAAGCAGUCCGUCACCGCCGCCGCGGUGUCCAAGCAGACCGCCACUGCCGUUGUGGCCCGCCAGGAGGAGGCCAGCGGCUUCGCUGCUGUUGUCCCUCGCCAGACCGGGGCUGGGCGCCGGGCUAGCCGCCGGGGUGGUGUUGCCAUGCCUAGUGUUACUGUGGCCUAA